AUGGAUCCUAAAGAAUUGAGAAAUCCGUCGCUGAAUGUAAACGUUAGUGAUGACAGCACAAAAUAUGUCCACAGCAGUUCAACACUACCACAAAACAAAAACAAAUCAUAUAGCGAUAUUGGAUCUAGUUCUAUGGGAAAAGUGGAUGCGACAACUGCACGGCCGUGCGCUAUUAUCGGUCCAGACCGAGUGCUGCCGCAUGCACCUGCCCAGAAUUUACACUUGAAAAAAGCACCUACAGAGCCUUGGGCUUAUCCAGAAAAUGUCUAUCGUCAACCACCGGAUUACCCAAUUAAAGUAUCAGAGUAUCAGCCCACCAGAAACAUAUCGCCGAGACAAACAUUCCAAGAAAAUAUGCAGCGGAUUAUGGUUCCGCCUAUUUAUAGUUCCGUAAAAAAUAGUGAUGAUUCUAAUUUAAAAAACUCUAAAUUAAAUAUGCCUCAAGAGGCGAAGUACUGUGAUGUGCCUUAUAAUAUGAAUACUGUGAAUAACGAUCAUAAAAGUGUUAGAAAUGCAGACAUUCCAAUGUCUAGUGUAAAUCCCGCCUUUUCUAGAAAUGUUCCACCCUAUGGAUGGCCUGCCAGUGUUAAUAUUCGACCUCCAAGACCUUAUGGUGCUCCUGAGUUUUACCAAUAUCCUGAAUAUUCUAAUUGUGGUGGCCAAAGGUCUAUGACAAUGAUGAGGCCGCAUAGAACUCACAAUGAAGAAACAGCACAGCUUUAUUCUGAACGGUUAUAUCAAGAAGCAAAUAUCAGGUUUAAACCAUAUCCUAUGUCCAAAGAAAAACCACAACAAUUAAGGUAUGAUUAUAUUAAUAAUUACUCAAAUACAUUUCAUCCACCAGUUCCAAUCCCACCUCUUAAAUAUGAUUUGCAAAAACCUCUACAUGGUCAUCCAUAUCCUGUUUAUCCUCAAAUAAAAUAUUUAGAUAGAAGAAUCCAUGAACCUUUUGCCGAAGGUUAUCAAAGAAACAAUCAAAAUAAUUUGAAUGUACCGUUUCGUAAUCAAGUAGGUCCACCUCCAUAUGGUCCCAUACCAGGAAAUUGUGUGCAAAACAAACCAUAUACUGAUAUUGCGUCCAAACCCAUGACAGUAAACAAACAUUUACAAUUUGAUUCUAACAAUAAAAUCUACCUUGACUUAGAACCAAACCAUAAUAAAGGCUAUCCUAUGCCAGAAAAUAUGUAUUAUAAUGAGAUGAAUCAUAUGAGAGGUGAAAUGAUCUUACCUAACCACUCUACAUUAAAUAUGCAUACUAUGCCUCAACACCAAAUUUACAGACGAGAUAAUCCACAUCUAAAACCUUAUGAGUAUAAUGUGCACUAUAGAAAUGUAGAUCAAUCUGUACAUUUAAAUUAUUCUUUGCCAAGGCUUCCAUUACAAUUUUCACCAAAUGCCAUAGCUAUUUCACCAUCAGAUUCAAAUACUAGUAUUGAUACAACACACACUGUAAGUACAUCUCAAGAAGAUUGUGGAUAUGUCAGUCAAUCGUCCACAGCAAGUGUAAGAAGUUUAGAUAUGAAUAAUACUAUGUUACAAAACAACUAUUAUAGAAGACGUGGUGACUAUCAUGGAAUUGUAAGAAAUUCUUUCCAUGGAAAUGAUCUCAUCUCCCAAAAUCAUAAGAAUAAAGAGAGCUCUACAAAUAAGAAAAAUCUAGAUGUUAGACAAUUUUUAGAAAUGUGGAGUGAAGGUGAAGAUGAAACAAAUGAAUCUACAAAAGAAAUUAUAACACAGAUAAAACCUAAUAAUUUGCCUGCCCAAUCUGAACCAAGUAAUAAUCAGGAACAGCUUUAUGUUCUUGGGUUAGUUAAUGUUCCAAGUGAAGAGUUGAGUAAAUAUGAACACAUACAAAAAAUUUCAAAAUUACCUGAAAACAUUAAAGGUUAUAACAGUAUUGAAUUAUUAAAUCAGUAUGAAAGACUUGUAGAAUCAUCUAAUCUAAACCGAAAUAGCUUUACUUCCAAACAAACAAUUUCUAAAGACAAUUUUAUGUCCAAAAAAAAUGAUAAAGAGAAAGAAAGAAAUCCUAUGAUGACGCGGCCAGUUUCACCUUUAGAUGUUGAAGCAAAAAUUAGCCAAUCAGUUAUCCAUAAAGAAGUUGGAUGUAAUUUUGAAAUUAAACCUUGUAGUCCAGAAAUGCUAAAUGUAGAAAUUGCAACACCAGUGCAAACCAUAUUAGGAGAACGAAUAAUUGAAAAGGUAGAAAAUCCUACUAUAUCAAAGUCACCAUUGCUAUACACAAGUAAUGAAAACAAAGCACCAAAUUUUUUAAAUAAUCCCACAAAGCUAACAAAUUGUAACAUGAUUAAUAAUAACCAGUAUUCUCUCAACAAUUAUCCAAAUUUAAGUAAACCUAACAACUAUAAUGUGCAAGAAUUUGAUACCAACUCUGGCAUAUGUUUAGCAUCUCUACCAAGACUAGACAAUGAUAUUGAGCUUAAUUUUCCAGAAAUCAAUCAGCAAUUUAUAACAGCUAAUAAAAUAGAAUCACAUAUAGUAACAUCUGCUAAGGAUCUUCCUCGACUUGAUUUAGAACACAUAAAUCCACCUUCGGAAACUAUUAGUUUUCAACAACAGAACCUUUUAUCACCUCAAACAGGAUUUUGUCCUAGCGUGGAGAAAGAAUCCUCAAAAUUAAGUAAAUACAGAAAAAAUAAAAAGUGUGAAGUAAUUUCGAUAGAAGAAAAAGUAAGCAAAGAAUUAACAGUUUCAGUUCAUCAAAGAAUUGACAGUGUUAUAAUAAAAAAUCCUGAUAACACUAAAUUACAAGAAGAUAAUAUUUCUUUGUCAGCUGUAAAUGUUAUGGAAGAAAAGAUAAAUAACCAUCAAUCUGAAAUAGAGAGAACAGAAGAAAAGUCACAGCUCUCUCUAAUCAAUCAAAACAAUAAUGAUGUGUGUAAUCUUUCCUUUGAAACGGCUAUCGAUUUUAGUUUAGGUAAAAGUUAUGAAAGAACAUCUUGUGAUCAGAUUAGUGCAAAUCAAGUUAAUGACGAUGACACAAAUCAUUUAGAAACUGACUGCAAUAAACCAUAUAACCUCAAUAAUAUUAAUGAUAUAGAAAAUAAAUCAAAUUCUAUAUUUAUUGAAACCAAAGAUAUUGGGUCCAGUGAUAUAGAAAAAGAAGGCACUGAUAAAGAAUUAUUGGAAAAUACAACAUUUCCGAUAAAUGAAGAUAUUCCUAUCUUAUCUAAAACCUCACUUAUUGAAGCAAUUGAAGAAGGUAAUGUUCCUGUUAUAAAAGAACUGGCUCUCGAAUUAGAAAGUGCUGAACUGGAAGAACACACUGAAAAUAGACAAAAUGAUGUUAGUGUUAUACAGAAGAAUGAAAUUACACACUUAGAUUUUGUAAUAGCAGAAUCGCAUAAACAAGAUAUAGAUAGAGCAGAUGAAGAAGAUGAAUUACAUAGUGCUCGUAAGGAAAAUGUUGAAAUUUUGCAACCAGAUACAAAAAUAAUCCUUGACAAUGAUGAAACAAUAAUAGCUUGUCAAAUAGAACAUAGUAGUAAUAGUUCCUGCAGGGAUGAAGUUUUUUUAAGUAACAACUUAAGUUAUGAAAGUGCAAAUAAAAUAGAAAAUGAAAUCUUUGAAGAAUCAGCAAUUAACAUAUCAUAUAGUAGAGAAAAUAUUAAUAGCAAAGAAGAUGUGAUAGGAAAUGUAUUAAAAUCAGAUAUAGAAAUGACUCUUAAAAUAAAUAAUAAUAUAUCACCUAUUGUAAAAAGUGACCUAAAUCAAGCUCAAGUGCAACCUGGAACUUUUAUUAAUAAUAAUGAAAUUGCAUGUAUCAACAAUAUAAAUGAUGAAGAAAAUAAAACCUUACUGAUGCCAAAUCUAAUAGGUGAUAUUAAAAAGGAGUCCACUAUAGAUAAACAUGAUGAAGCCAAUGGUGAAAACCUAUGUUACACUUUAGAAGAUACAGUGCAGGAAAAUUCCAAUAUAUCCAUUAGUCAACAUUUUAUAGCGAAUGACAUAUCCAAAGUGCACAUUACAAAAAAUUAUGACAACAACUCAUCUAGUAUAGAUAAUAUUGAAACGAAUGCAAAUAGUAAAGCAAACUGUGAGACAGUUGCUAAAAAACCGAUACAAAAAUAUACAGAUGAAAACAAACACCUAUGUGGAGAAUUUUUUGUAAAUAAUGCCAUUAAGAAUUCCGAUUUUAUAGUUCAAAAUUGCUGCAGUGUACAAAAUAAUUUAAUGUAUAAAACACAUUCAUUCUCUUCUAAAAAAAAUACUCCUGUACCUCACAUUUACAAAGAACUUUACUCACCUUGUAUACAAAAACUAUAUAUAUUUAAUGAAGGCUAUUGCAAGAAUUUAAGAACAGAAACAGUACAAGAAGGAAUAUCACGUGACCUACCUGUAAAAGUAUUUGUAGAAAGUCAUGAUAAGAAUUUAACUGAACCUACAAGGACAGACAAUGAAAUUUUAGAUUUAAAAGAUAAAAAUCUAAAUGAAAAAGAAGAAAAUAACUCAACUUUGACUGAAUUAAAAAAUGAUUCUUUGUUAUUUGACAUAAGUAAAAGAGAAAAUUUUGUAGAUUUAUUUAAUAAUGAUUGUUCUACUGUUAAUCGACGAAAACCUUUGAAAAGAUCUUUAUCGGAAUCUGCAUUACAAACUUAUAAAGAAAAUGAGGAUUUGAAUUCUGUAGCAUCUAGUAAACGCAAAAAAAUAGAUCAUAAUAUUAUAGAAUCCCAUAUAACUUCAGAAGAAUUUUGUAAUAUGAUUCAAAGUAACCGAAGGAACUCCGUAUCAACAUUUUACAAUGAAGAUAAUUUAUACAUUGUUAUAGAUAAUGAUUUAAUUAUAACAGAAGAAAAUGAAGAGACUGACAAGAUUUAUUUCUCGGAAAUGUCAGAAGACUGUAAUAUUCUACAAAAUGAAACAAUAGAUGAUAUAGAUGGACUAGAUACCAGAAAAGAAAUUGAGUGUGAAUAUUCUAAUACUAUUUAUUCUAUAGAAAAAUCUGUUGAAGAAUCAUGGGUGGAAGAUGUGGCAUGUAUAGAAACAGUAGUUUCAGAAGAUAUUACAGAAGAUAUAGAGUAUAGUGAAGAAUCUCCAAAAAGAUAUAACUUUUCAAAUGAAGUUGCUAGCGAUGAAUCGCUCAUAUGUUCUGAUAGUGAGCAUAUCGAUACAGUUAAAAAUGUUUAUGGUAGUACUUUAUAUAGAACACCACAAACGGACGUUACCAAAACUCUUGACGAUAUAGAAUCUCGUAAUUCAGACGAAGAUAAUCAAUGUUCUAAAAAUAUUCAAUUAGAAAAAAAUGUUACACAAGACCGUCAUAAUUUUACUAUAAAAUUAGACGCCAACAUUCCAUCUUAUAAUUCUAUAACAGACGAGAAAGAAAACAUAGCAGAGAAUAUAGAAUUCAGUAACGUACAGAUUCCACAAAAUAAUUAUGCAGAUCUAAUUGAAAAUAACGAUUUUAACAUACUUCCAAGUGAAAACAACGAAGAAAAAGAAAAGUACAUUAUCCAUUCAUGUGAAUCAAAUAAUGAAAAUUUCAUAACUAACACUCAAAAAGACAACUCUAACUACUCUUAUUCAAGUUCGCCUGAAGUGUCGUCUACAACUUCUGAAGAAAAAGGUUCAAGUAUUUUGCUAAAAAUUACCAAUUAUAAUGGUUCUAGAAUGUCGCAAAUUAAUGAAAUUAACACUGACUCGGUAAAUAGAUUAAGUUAUAAAUUAACGGAAAAGAAACAAUAUCGAAAUUACAAUUCCAAUUUUAGAUCAUCUCGAACAUUAAUUACCAAAGCGGCGCAAAAAUAUAUACCACCUUUGAAAGAGACAAUAGGCGAUCUUAAAGUUAAACUCCCUUUACCUGAACACCGUCUUCAUUCUCUAAAGCAAUUAAAAACAUCCAAAGUAGAACCAAAGAUAGAUGAUAUUAUAUUAAAACUUAAUGAUAAAAAUCCAAAGCGGACGAUACCAAAAAAACAAAAACCUAAAUUUGAAGACGUUCUUAAAAGUAUAGAUGAAAUUCAAUUUAAAAAACAUAAAGAUAAAAUAAAAAAGACCAAAAAUGAAAUACCAAAAGUUAUCAUUAAAAAGAAUGAAAACGGCGCGCAUUAUGCUAGUAGCGAUGCGCUAAAUAAUAAGGAAGCGUAUAACCCUGAUUUAACUGGAAGAAAAUGGCAACCAUGGGUAUUUCUAGAGAAAAAUAAUUUCAUUGACCGAAUGGCUAUUAAAAACAAAGUUAGGGCUGUAUAUUGUCAUAGAAAAAACACGUACGUAUUAGCUGAAAAGUUAAAAAAGUAUCAGUCAAUUUAUAACGCUAAUUUUGUAAUUUCUCAACCUAAUUCGACCAAUUCGAGUAAAGGUAACCUGAAAUAUACAAUAAGACUAAAGCAUAUU